UUUUUCAAAUAUAACAAUCGUCAUCCAGUCUUAACUUUUUUACAAAAGUAAUAACUAUCUUGUUGAAUUCAUUUAAGUUUAAAUAAUUAAACAAAAAUGACUCUGAUACCGCUUGAAUCUAACCCUGAGGUUAUGACCAAGUUUAUCCAUAAAAUUGGCGUACCGGCAAAAUGGAAACUUAGUGACGUCUACGGGCUGGACGAACCAUUAUUGGCAAUGGUACCUAAGCCGGUUUUAGCUUUAAUUUUACUCUACCCAGAAUCUGAAAAAGCAAAAGCUUACGACGCAGAAUUGGAAUCUAAGAUAAAAGCAGAGGGAAAAGAGCCACCGAAGAAUGUUUUUCAUAUGAAACAGUGUGUGUUAAACACUUGUGGAACUGUUGCUUUAAUUCACUCCAUUCUCAACAAUCUUGACCAAAUUGAUUUAAACGACGGAGCUCUGAAGAAUUUCUAUGAAGAAGCCAAAGAUUUAUCAUUCGUUGAGCGCGGUGAAUUGUUAAUGAAGGAAACCAAUGAAAUAAUUGACGCUCACAAACAAUUAGCUCAAGAAGGACAAACUCAAGCACCUCCAGAAGACGAGCCAGUUGUUCAUCACUUCGUAGCGUUUGUUGAAAAAGAUGGAACACUUUACGAGCUUGAUGGAUGCAAGUCAGCGCCAAUAAACCAUGGUCCAACAACCAAAGAAGCUGUUUUGGAUAACGCUGCUAAAAUUUGCAAAGAAUACAUGGCUCGUGAUCCUGGAGAAGUUCAUUUUACAAUGAUGGCUUUGGUAGCCAAUUAAUUAAAUAAAAAUAAAAAUUGCCUCGCGAAUUAAUUAUUGAUUUAAUCAAUAUAUAUUUAAUUUUACGGCUAAAAAUAAAAUGCAGAUGCACAAUAUUUAUAACUGCUAUGAGUGUGAUAAAAAUUUUUGCUAUUUAAGCCCCAAGUUUGUACUACAAAAUAAAAAGAAAAUAAAUUCAGCAAACCAGAAAAA